GAGCCUUUGCUUUCUUUCAGAUAUCGUCAGUAUGGGCAAAGGGGAUCCUAAAAAGCCAAGAGGCAAAAUGUCCUCAUAUGCCUACUUUGUGCAGACUUGCCGGGAAGAGCACAAGAAGAAACAUCCAGAUGCUUCUGUGAAUUUUUCAGAGUUCUCAAAAAAAUGUUCAGAAAGGUGGAAGACUAUGUCUGCUAAAGAGAAGGGAAAGUUUGAAGAUAUGGCAAAAGCUGACAAGGUUCGUUAUGAAAGGGAAAUGAAAACUUAUAUACCACCUAAAGGAGAAUCAAAAAAGAAGUUCAAGGACCCAAAUGCGCCAAAGAGGCCUCCCUCAGCAUUUUUCUUGUUCUGCUCUGAGUUUCGUCCAAAAAUCAAAGGAGAACAUCCUGGUCUUUCUAUUGGGGAUGUUGCAAAGAAACUUGGGGAGAUGUGGAAUAAUACUUCUUCAGAUGAUAAGCAACCCUAUGAAAGGAAGGCUUCUAAACUGAAGGAGAAGUAUGAAAAGGAUGUUGCUGCCUACAGGGCUAAAGGAAAGCCUGAUGUAGCAAAAAAGAUAGCUCCUAAGCCUGAGAAGAGCAAGAAGAAGAAGGAAGAAGAUGAUGAUGAUGAUGAAGAUGACGAGGAAGAUGAAGAGGAUGAAGAAGAGGAGGAGGAGGAAGAAGAAGAGGAUGAUGAAUGAGCCUCUUCUAGAGCAGAUUUUCUUGUCUAUAAAAGAAUAUAACCCCCCUGUACACAACUCACUCCUUUUAAAGAAAAAAAUGAAACAUAAGGCUGUGUAAGAUUUGUUUUUAAACUGUACAGUGUCUUUUCUUUUUCUUUUUGUAUAGUCAACCCACUACCAAAUGUGUCUCUAGGUAGCCCUGUCCUAUUAGUGGUAUCUCAAUGGCCACUAACCUUGCCUAGUACAAUAUGGGGGUUGUAAAUUGGCAUGGAAGUUUAAAGCAGGUUUCUUGUUGGUGCACAGCACAAAUUAGUUAUACCAUGCGGAUGUAGUUCAUCUUCAGUUGUUUCUGCAUCAUAAAAAUAAUAGCUGUUCUGUUCUCUAAAUACCACUCUGUAAUUGCAAAACAAAAAAAAGUUGUAGCUGUUGACGUUCUGAUUGCUUUCAAGUAAAUGCAAUUUUUUAUUA